AUGAUGAAAUCGAAUUCAAUUGGGCCGUUACUGUUCUCGGCGGUGGCCGCGGUGGGCCUUUCUGGUGUCCACCACCGUGGAUUCAUCCCGCCAACUGCCUCUCUUCACGUGUCCCUUGGCCCCACCAGCCCUGUCUAUCUUCUCCAGCGCCUUCUUCAUGGUGGUGCACUCCCUCUCCAGCUCUUGCACGCGCGUCUGCAUCGUGUCCAUGUCCACCCGCAGCACCUCAUUCAGCCUCGCCGCCGCCCUCCACGUCGCGUUCCCGCGCGCCGGCCCCACCGCCGCCUCCUCGUCCUCCCCUCCGCCGUCGCUGGACUGUUCCCCGCCGUCACCCGCCCCGUCGGCGGCGAGGAGAGUUCCGGCAAUGGCGUGACGGAGCUGGAGCUGCUCGAAAAACAGCACCUGCACCACCGCCCUCAGCGGCAGCCGCUCAUUCUGAGCGGCAUAAACAUCGACGGCCCUAUAGAGCCCGUCGUCGAACAAUCUGGCGUGAUCCGGCAGUGCUAUCGACAGAUCGUAAAACUUUUCCGGCUUCAAGUUGGCAUCGGAGGCAAUUUCCGACAGGUAGCCGUCGAUCAAUUUCCCGACGAGCAUCAGCCCCGCGGAUCUAACUCCGACGCCUUCAUCAUCCUCGCCCUCCGCUCUAAUCGCGGCGGAUCUCUCCCCCAAUCCUUCGAGAAAAAACCCCAAAAUCCUCUCCACGCAGUCCACAUCGUACAGCGUCUCGUUCAAAUAAGAGUAGCUCGGGAUAAGCAGAUCGUCCAACGUCGCAUGCUCCAGCUGCAAGCCGAUCUUCUUCUCCAGCGUCAGCCGGCAACCAUCUGA